AUGUUAGCUUUCAACAGGACCAAUCUGCAACCUGUCACGUUCCUACUACUUGGCAUUCCAGGUUUGGAGGCUGCCCAUGUGUGGAUCUCCAUCCCUUUCUGCCUAGUCUACCUAUUGUCACUGAUGGGAAAUGUUGCCCUUAUAUUAAUUGUCAAGACAGACCCCAAACUGCAUGAACCAAUGUAUCUCUUUCUAUGUAUGCUCUCUGUGGCUGAUUUGAUGCUUACUUCUUCUACACUUCCUAAAAUACUCAGCCUCUUCUGGUUCAACAACAGAGAGAUCUACUUUGAAGCCUGCCUCACUCAAAUGUAUCUGAUCCAUUCUCUGUCUACCAUGGAAUCUGGAUUUAUCUUGGCCAUGGCUUUUGACCGCUACGUGGCCAUCUGUCACCCACUGAGACAUUCCAGUAUCCUAACACCUACAGUGACUGCAGGCUUGGGUUUGGCCGUUGUCUUCAGAGGAGCUGUACUCCUCAGUCCACAUCCUUUCCUCCUGAAGUGGCUUUCCUAUUGCAGAACUAACGUCAUCUCCCAUACCUACUGUGAGUUUAUGGCCUUGAUAAAGCUGGUUUGCACUGAGACCAAGAUUCGUAGAGCUUACAGCCUACUUGUGGCAUUCCUGACAGGGGGGUUGGAUUUCAUACUGAUCAUCUGUUCAUAUGUUCUUAUUCUUCUAACUGUCUUCAAUCUCCCAUCUAAAGCUGCCCGUCACAAGACCUUAAACACCUGUGUCUCCCAUGUAUGGGUCAUCUUGGUAUUUUAUACACCAGCCUUUUUCUCCUUUCUCGCCCAUAGGUUUGGCUACCAAAUUGCUCCACAUAUCCACAUUUUUAUAGCAAAUAUAUAUCUUCUUAUUCCACCCAUGAUGAAUCCUAUUAUUUAUGGUGUUAAAACCAAAAGGAUCAGGGAGAGAUUCUUUAAAUUCUUAACAAUCAAAUGUUUUUCUCUUUACAAGGAUUUGUGA